UCAUGUGUGCAGCCGGAGAGUGGUAACAGCCAACGCAAGGCACGUCGAACUACAGAUCCCACAAUACAACGGGGGAAGGACGCGCUUUUUCAAGGCCCGAAACCGACUUCUGAAGGGGAGGACGCAACGAGGCACGCUGGGACUUGUAGUCAACUGUUCCACGUUGAGCCGGAACUUAACCCACCCCACCCCCCAACCCGGUGCCACUUCUUAAAGCCCAAACAUCCGAUUCCACGUCAAUAGAAGGCACUUGGAUUGCACGUUUUAGAACUUUUUCACCCACAGGCGUAUGCUAGCAAAACUUACAGGCUUCGUAGCCUUUGACAGACAUUUAAACAACAUUUAUUGAGUUUUUGUAAGUGUCAGGACCUAACAGCCAGGACGCUACAUUCUACCCGACUUCACAGAAUUUAAAUUUUUACUGUGCUACUUUAUUCUGGAGCUCGUAAAUGAAGUACGUCCUCGACAAAGAAAUGGAGGCAGAAGACUGAUCUUUGAAAAUAUGUAUUUGGGAGAUAAUCACGUUCUGUUGAAUACCUUGUGCUGGUGCUGCCAUCGAAAAAUCUGGUUACAGUCUGGGAAGGCCUGCUACAGUUGCAGGACUGAACCACCUCGGCCCUGA